AUGAGCGCCUGCCAAGAAAUUAUAUCGUCAACUGCUAAGUUGGUGGAUGCUUCUAAAUACAAUCUGCGAUGUAAUCGCAAUGUCAGUGAGAAAAUGACAAAGAAGGACUUCAUUUACGAUAUCCGUACGCCUGCACAGACCAUGAGAAAGUUCGAAAUACAGAAACAACCUAUCAUUCUACCGAUACAACUACGACGAAAACAGACUACUACUUCAAAAAUGCCACAAUACACAGUAAUUUCCGAAAAACUGGACCGUGGUGGAAGUGGUGAUGCGACUGUUAUAAAUGAUCGACGUACUUUAGAAUACAAAUGUAAUUUUUGUCACGAGCCAAUCGCUACUUUAUUUUCUCUAUCCACUCAUGUUAAAUUUCAUUGUCAAAGAUAUUGCAAGAUAUGUUACUGGAUUCUAUGUGAUAACGAAUCAAUGGAGCAACAUAUCGACAAUUAUCAUCGAAUUGAACCGGAAAUUAUAUAUAUAUAA